AUCGACGGAGGAAAACUUCCUCUAGUUUUACUUUCCACACCUCUAAGUAAACAGCCAAUGGCUUCCGAAGCCCUUCUAUUCUACCGCCAACUGCACUCUCACGGCCUCCGUGGCGCCCUCUCCUUCCUCCCUUCUCUCGUAAAAGCCUCCGCCUCCGCCCCCCACCACCUCCACUUCGCCCUCCAGCUUCACUGCGUCCUCCUUAAGACCGGCCUCUCCUCCGACCUCGUCACCACCAACUCCCUCAUCACCAUGUACUCCAAGCAAUCCCGUGUCUGUUGCGCCUGCAAGCUGUUCGACACGAUGCCGAUGAGAGACUCCGUCACUUGGCACGCGAUGGUGAGUUGCUACAUCGGCAACCAACGCUUCCUCGAGUCUAUGGACAUGUACCUCCGGAUGACCUCCGCCGGGUUCUCCCCUAAGCCCGAGCUUACUGCGUCUGUUGUAUCAGCGUGUGGCCGUGCAGGUAAAUUAAGCUUCGGGAAAACCAUUCAUGCUCGCUGCAUCGUGACCAAAGAUUUUGACAUCUCUGUCCUCUUGGUUACUUCUCUCACUGACAUGUACUCGAGAUGUUCCGACUUAGUUUCUGCUCUGAAGGUGUUUGAUAGAAUGCCCGAAAGAAAUGUGGUAUGUUGGACGGCUAUGAUCUCAGGGUCUAGUUCGAAUGGUAGAUAUGACAUUUCAAUUGAACUGUUGCGGGGCAUGGUGAUGGAUGGAAUCAAGCCGAACAGAGCCACCAUUGUCUCCGUUUUGCCAGCUUGUGGUGCAUUGGGUUCUUUAGAUCAUGGGAAGGAGCUUCAUGGAUAUGUGUUCCGCCAUGGCUUUGACUCCGAGCCGCAAGUAAUUGGAGCUUUGAUAGGCAUGUAUGGUAGAUCCAAGGGAACUCUACAUUUAGCUAUACUUCUUUUUGAGAGAGCCAAGACAAAAGAUGUGGUUACAUGGAGUUCCAUGAUGGCAUUAUCUAAUCGACAUGGAGAUUAUUUUGGCACUCUGCGGCUUUUCCAGUCAAUGCAACAUGAUGGAGUUCAAGCGAAUUCUGUCACAUUGUUGGCACUGAUUGGAUCAUGUAUUGGUCUGACUUCUACUUUGUUAGGCCGAGCUGUUCAUGGCUACACUUUGAAGUGUAACCUUUUCUCUGAGAUUUGUGUUGGGAAUUCUCUCAUAGACAUGUACACCAAAUGUGGAUGCCCUGAAUGUUCAGUUAGCGUAUUCGCUGAAAUGCAAGAAAAGGAUUUGGUUUCGUAUAGUUCGAUGAUCUUGAGCUAUGGGCUUCAAGGCCAUGGUUUUAUCAGCUUGUAACCACUCAGGACUAGUGGACGAGGGAAUGCGAUUGUUUGAGAAUGCGAGAAGGGACCAUGGCACAUUGUUGAGUUUGGAGCACUAUGCUUGCUUGUUGGAUCUUUUGGGGAGGUCUGGAAGGCUUGAAGAUGCCUGUGAAGUUAUA